AUGGCCCCGACAUCAGCCAGCGACGUGCCCUCCCUCAGCUUGCUCUACAAGCUGAAGAAGCUUCAUCCUUCGAAACUCGGUCCCACCACCGACGCGAACCCGUCUCACAACGAUCGGAUCGGCUUGAUCCGCGGCGACAUCACAUCCCUGUCCGUCGGCGCCAUUGUCAACGCCGCCAACAGGUCCCUCCUCGGAGGCGGUGGUGUUGACGGUGCCAUCCACCGCGCCGCCGGCCCGAGACUGCUGGCCGAGUGUCGCACCCUGGAUGGUUGUGCCACUGGCUCGUCCAAGAUUACCGACGCAUACGAACUGCCAUGCAACAAGGUCAUACACACUGUCGGGCCCGUCUACGACGACAUUCACCCCUCCCGGAGCGAGACCGCCCUCCGCGGCUGCUACAAGUCCAGUCUACAACUGGCUGUGGAGAACGGCCUGAAGAGCAUCGCCUUUAGUGGCAUCAGCACAGGCAUCUACGGCUAUCCGAGCAUGGAUGCUGCCGUUAUUGCCUGCGACACCGUCCAGAAGUUUCUGGAUGGCCACGACGGCCAGAAGCUCGACAAGGUCAUCUUUGUCACGUUCGAGGAUAAGGACGUCAACGCUUACAACCAUGUCCUACCUCGCUUUUUCCCUCCCAGCAGUGAGACAUCUACCGAGCAGAAGAAAGCUGCCGAAGAACAGACUGCCGAGGCCGAGGCCAAGGCUAGCCAGCUGCCGAGUGUGCCUACCACGGACCCCGCCGACGCUGAACAUGCCCCAAAAAAGCAGAAGCAGGAUGGCGAGGAUUGA